GAGGCUUCAACAUUUUCCCUGUAUCAUAAGAUUAUCAUAACCCAAUCACCCUCUCAGUGUCAAUACUGGACAUGCGAAUCUGACAUUUCUCGGUCAAUAAUGUUGAGUCCAUCAGCUUUACUAACAACUUCAAUCGCACUACUCAUACACGUUUCCUCAGUAUUGGCAUCAACGCCAGUGUUGCGGACAAGAGAAAUAGGAGCUCAUGGAUUUGAUUUUAAUUGCGAAAACUAUAUAUUUUUAAGGAAAGACGUGAAUUUACACAUGAAAGAUGCCUGCAUAGGGCUAAAAUAUUCACCAGAGUUUAACAUAUAUCCUUCUUUCUUUGAAGAGUCUUACUUGUUUCCUGAAUAUAGUGAUCGGGUGCUUUUUUCAUGGCCUGUGUAUUUGGGUUCAAAAAAAUUUCGAUCUGGACCUACUGGCUAUAAUCGAGUAGUCUUUACGCAUUUGUGCGAACUCGUCGCUCUUGUCAUUGUAAAAUCUCCAAGAUUCAAAAUUGAUGGAGAGGCAGUGACUGUGUGCCACCAAUAUGAUGACGUUGCAAGCCAGCCUAGCUCGAUUCUAGAUAUCUCCGAGAUGAAAGAUGAGCUUGAUAGAGUUAAGUGCGGUGAUCAGGUUAUGGUCACGAAAGAAUUUAUCAUGGAUGCUACAAACCGAGCUUGUAGCAAUAAAUUCAUGCACUCGUCGACUUGGAAGAUCGCGCCCAGGGGAUUGUUUGCUUCCAAUGAUCUUAUGAUUGUCCCGACACCUGGUUUAAGAAAAUCUACCAGAAAGGGUAUAUUGCCAGAGACCAUUCAAACUAUCUCGUUUAGAUCUAACAGUCAUUGUGAGGAUGAGGGCGACAGUCACAAUUAUAAACAUUGUACGAAUGCAAAAAUUUUAAAAUCCCCCCAACACGAUUCCGAUGAUCACUUUAGCUAUCAGGAUGUAGAUGACUAUGAUGGAAGUCUACUCAGAGAGUCGAACAAAUUUAAGUGCCACGGUAUACUCCUUGAUAGUAGAAUGAUUAGGGACAACUUGAGAGCAGCUAAGGAUUACUUUAAAAUUAAUUUAUCGGAAGUUAACAAAAGAUCAAAGGAAUUGAAAAAUAAAAAGAAAGAAAGAAAAGAUUUGCCAUUUCCCCAGAAAACAUUAGAAGGACAUAUAUGGUUGUGGCCACUUCGAGUUCCAGAGAAUCUAUUCGCAAGUAUGGGAAAGAGAACAGAUCAAGUGUAUUUCUUGUCAGGAUUAAAUAAAUCAAAUGAGUUAACCGGCGUUUAUUAUUCUCUUGCGAGGAGCAAGAAACGUCGUAGUUUUGGACGGUGUAUAGGAGCUCAUGAGACUAUAAAUGUGAGCCAUAUAAGAGUAACCCUAGGCCCUGUCUACUACAAUCCCAUUGAGGGCUAA